ACAGAAACAUAUGUUCCUACAGCGAUUUCUAACACUGUCAACUCGUGGAACAACAAACCUAUUCCCUAAUUUUUAUUUAUGAAUUAGAAAUAUAAACUUUUAUCCCGAAAUAUAUAAUUAAAGUUUAUAAUCGGCUUACUAAGUCCAGCAGCCAAGAUGCCUUCUUACGAACUAGCGUUGGUGCUGCGCCAAUUGCCGCGGAACGAACUUAUGUCGGUUAUUAAGCGAACCGCAGAAUCUAUACUGGACAAGGGAGGCAUAAUCCGGAAGCUGGAAAACAUGGGAUCUCGAGCACUGCCCCACAAAGUGAGCGAGGACGGCCUGGUACACCGCGAGGGCACACACUUCACAAUUGCCUUCGACACGGCGCCGACGAAAAUAGCCGACCUGAAGGAGGAGUUCGGCCGCGACAUAGACAUUAUCCGCCGCUAUAUCUUCAAGCUGGAGGAGCCCGAACAACAGCCUUGCACCCUGCACGAGGAGAUGCUGCCGCCCGCAUACCGGAAGGAUGUCCAACAGCUCAUCGAAGCCGCCAAAAAGAACCAAAAGAAAAAAUACAACUACAACUCUGGGCUGGACUACUAUCCAUUCCAGAAGUAAACCUAAUAAAAGUUCGUUAUGUUUUCAAAUGA